UCAUUAUCAGUAUUUUCUGCAUUUCAAAAAAUGAGGAUCCUUUAUAAAAUGAUCUCCUUGCUCGUUAUUCUUAAUUCCAUUGAAUUCAGCUCACAGGCCAUCCUACGCACUCUCGAACCUCUUUCUCCUCAUCGUAGCGAACCUCUUUCUCCUCAUCGUGGCGAACCUGUGUCUCCUCAUCGUGGCGAAUCUGUUUCUCCUUAUCGUGGCGAAUCUCUUUCUCCUCAUCGUAGCGAAUCUCUUUCUCCUCAUCGUGGCGAAUCUCUUUCUCCUCAUCGUAGCGAAUCUCUUUCUCCUCAUUACGACGAACAUCUUUCUCCUAAUAAUGGCGAACCUUUUUCUCCUUAUUAUGGUGAAUAUCUUCAUAUUCACCAUGGUGAACCUCUUCUUGUUUACGACGACCAUCUUCCUCUCUACCAUAACGAAGCUUCCACGAGUAGUGCUCGCCAACUACCUCGCGGGGCAAGAGUAGUCCCAAAUUUCAUUUUUCCAAACGGCUUUAUAACGAAAGACGAAGAGGGUAUUUAUUACUCGUUGCCAACUCACGAAACAUUUCGUACAAUAGCAGAUGAGGAAGGUUUCAUAGUUGGAAUUUUGAAUCGUUACAAUGAGCUUUGUGCAGUAUUUAAUUUAAAUGGGUACGAUCGGGUUAAAGUAGAUGAGUUCGGAUUUCGUGGGAUAAAGAGAAUGAAGUCGAAGGAAAUCAAUGAAUUUCCCGAAUUUAAAAAAUUCUUAGUGCCUAAAAUUAUACCCACAAAUCUGGCCCUAAAUCAUUGAUUAGUCAAAUAAGGAAGUGAAUAAUUUUAGGGUGCGAAUGGUGUAUUUUUUAAAUUGUGUUUCUUUUAAUUUUCAAACGGCUUUGACGCUUGGGAGAUUUGUCACGGACUCGCUUCCUUUAUGAUACUACAUAUUUAUAUCUGACAACGCUGUAUUCUCUGAUUCUUUAAAAAAAAUCUUCGUCCGAAAAAUAUAAAAAUAUGUCUACUCUUUUAGCUUGACGAUAGGAAAUUCGUAUUCAGAAUUGUCAUCAAUGUUUCUCUUUUUUUUAAUGCCUUGUAAGAUUCUGGCU